CUUUACCAUUGAUAAAGAAAACAUUAUCUGAAAACUCAAUUCUCGAUAUUGAGGACGAUGUGAAGUUUAUCCAAAGUGUAAAUAGAAAUACCGUGGGUUUAGCUACUGAAGAUGAACACAGACCAAUUUCUUCUUGUGGUCAAGUUAUUCAAAUUAAUAGUGUCCAAUCGGAAGUUUCCACUAAUAAUGAUGAUGCUAUUUCUUGUUCGAGUGUUGAAUUAACUGAUCGAGAAUUACCCGAACAUCCUUACAAAUCAGAAUUUGCAUCCUCAGUUCCAAAUUUGGCCCCUCCUCAAAAUAAAAUGUAUUCAUUGUCUUCGGGCUCAGCUGUUGAUAUUAAUAAUUUCGGAAAGAAAUAUACCCCAUCAUUUGGAAAUAAAACUCAAUUAGAAUCUCCGGUAUCUAUCCCUAAGAAGACUAAGCAGAAAAGAAAAUCCAUUUUCAACUUGUUUAAGAAGCCAAGUGCAUCUAAACUUUCACAAUCAGUACCUGGGUUUGAAACUGUGGAACUGCCAAGCAAACUGAGAUUCCCUAUAAAUACACCCACCAAAUCUUCAGAAUUGAGCAAAGUCCAACAAGUUGAAGAUACCAUUGACACCAGUGAAAUUUCUGUUGAAACUGAAGAAGAUAAGUCUGAGAAUAAAGCCAGACCAGUUUCUACACUUCCAGCACCAUUUGCAUUACCAUCAUCUACAUCCACAAAAUUCUUUAAGAAACCAAAUUCUUCAACCGUUAGUGUCAGUCAAUCCACCAAAGCAGAGCUGCCUGUGUCCGAGCUUGAAGAAGGUACUUUGACCAUUCCCCAAGAAUUGAAAGAUGUCAUCAAUAAUGAAUCUACAAUAGAUUACUUCAUGACUAGUAGCACACCAAAAGGAAUAAAGAUUUCUAAAUGGAAGGAAAAAUACGGCAAAUGGGAAAUGUUGACUGUUUGUGAAAAGUUGUUUGUGAAGAUUGCCGUUAACUACGAAUUGCACAAGAGUUGGUUGAUGGUGUUCAAAGAAGAAUUCGAUGAAGUAUACAACGAAGAAAUUGACAAGCCAGUCUUGAUCUUGGAACUUAACCCGGAUAUUACCGACAUCAGAAGAUCAGCUGCAUUAGAUGUGGAAAUCAAUUCAACAAAUGCAAUCACUUCAGAAAAGAUUCUUAUUAUUAUCAGAUCUACUGGUGCCCUUGUUACUGAAAUUCACUCCAAUUUAACUAAUGUCUUGAUUGACUUGCAAAAUGUAGCCAACAAGAAUUAUAAGUCCAUGAAAGCUUCUACAUUUUCCGACAGCACUAUUGCAUCAUCCAUGAUGGAAAAUCCAAGCAAAUCAUCCACAACUUCUAGCCUCAGUUCCAUUGGGUUCAAAUCACGCCUGGGAAGUCCAAAAAAUGGAUUGGCCACGUCUGCUGUCACUUCUACUAAUUCAAUCAACGAUUCCGAAGUUUAUGCAUCUUGUAUUAUUAAUAAUCCAGGUUCUUUGAAAGUACCUGGAAUUUCUCUGAUGACUGUGAGAUUGCAAAAGCAAUUACACUCUUAUACCAAAAUCAAUGUACCAUCCUCGUGGAAAAUAGUAUCAAUGUUUGACUUAAAGGUUGAUAAAGUAACUGACACUCUCACUCAACAGAAUUACUUCCAUUUAUCGUUAAAGAAUGAAGAAGCUGAACAAGAGUAUGGUUGGUUAAUUAGCGAGAGUUCAAAGUUUGAAUACUUGGAAACAAUUGGUAAGGCAGGAUUAUUGGUUAAGGUUUCUGAACAAGAAAUGUACAUGAUUGAAUGCAAGGGUAAACGGGAAAUUAAGAAGUUAUUGGAAGUUCUUGAUUAGUUAAGUAUGUAAUUAAUAUAAUUGGGAUUUAUUUUUU